AUGACGACCCAGAUUGCAUCGCUGGUCGGCAAGAGAAUCUUGGCCGAAUCGGCAAGAAACCAUUUUGGCACAGAGGAUCCCUACUUUGAAGAAGUCCCGGCCUCCCGCAUAGGACGAGCAUUCGGCAAGAAGACACAGAAAAGGCGCAAAGCGAUACCGCCAGGCUUAUCGGAACACGACCAGAAAGUCUUGACGCAAGUCAAGAGACGGGCGUAUCGACUGGACUAUAGUCUGUUCAAUCUGUGCGGCAUCAGGUUUGGAUGGGGAAGCGUGAUUGGGUUGAUUCCCUUUGCCGGAGAUGCUGCCGAUGCAGCACUUGCCUUGAUGGUCGUGCGAACCUGCGACGGUAUUGAGGGGGGUCUUCCUGCAAGCCUUCGCAUGAUGAUGAUGAUCAACGUUGUGAUCGAUUUUUUUAUAGGACUCGUUCCUUUUGUGGGUGACAUCGCAGAUGCUCUCUAUAAGUGCAAUACCAGGAAUGCAGUGCUCUUGGAGAAGCAUCUGCGGGAGAAAGGGGCCAAAGCGCUCUCAAAGCAUGGCGGAAGGCACGAUAUAGUCGAGGACGCGAGUCUACCCGAGGAAUUUGAUCGAUACCACAAGGAUACCUUGGAGGAACCAAGGAGGCAUCGGAGCAAGAAGCACUCUAGGACUGACGGUCCUGCGGUGCCCGAACCAGCAAAACGUCCACGGAGAAACCGGUCGCAAAGAAGAUGGUUUGGCGGCGCAGCUCCCGAGGACGACGACCUCGAAAGAGGAGUCAUCGAUAAUACGCAGUCCAGUAGGCCCUGAUGAAAGGUCGCACAACUCACACGAUAGAUGCGAGGGAACACGGGAUGCUUAAUGAGUCGGGAAAUUGUCACAUAAUCAAAUGCUGCGUAUCAUAAUUUUUAAUGUUGCAAUAUCACUUUUUAACAGCUCAGAUCGGGUCGAGAUCGGGCGCAUGCAUAGCAUAUCU